UUUCCGGAAGAUGCCCGCGCCCCCACAGUUCCACCCUCCGCGAUUUUCGGUGGUGACCAGAAAUAUUUAAAUCCCCCUUCGACCCAUCGUAUUUUUUUCCUUUUCGAUUUUUUUUUCACUUUAAUCGUUGUUAUUUAAUUUUUUUCUUACCGGGAUACGUUUGUAAUUUUUUUCGUUUGUGUGCAGUGAAAUGUUUUCCUGUUGAUAUUUUUUUCGGUAAUUUUUGAUCCUUCUGUGCGCGAAACUUCGUAUCAUGAGACGGAAAAGUGUUUUUACGUUGCGUUCCUAGUCAUGUGAUACGCGGAGUGAAGUUCGUGCUCGUGGCGUGUUUUUCGUUCGAUCGAAGGAUAUCAAGAGGAUUACCCAAAUUUUUCCGGUUUUUUGAAGAAUAAGAUGAGGAGAUUCAGCUAUGGGAAAUGUUUCCUGACAACGGACCGUGUUCUGGAAGUUAUGACCUCAGCCUGGUGGAUCUUCCUAUGCAUAUGUUUGCUGAAUCAUGAUAUCGCUAGAGCUACACCAGUUUGGCAGUCGACACUUAUGGGAGGAGCGGGCAGGAACAUCAGGCACCUACCAUGCGUGAGCAGGCGGACAGGCGAGACCGGUCUCUGCAUGUUCGCGUUCUCCUGCGCCAAAGCCAACGGCACCCACCUGGGCACCUGCAUCGACCGCUUCUACUUCGGGAGCUGCUGCAAGAUCUUCCCGGGCAUCGAAGUGGACCUCGCCGAGCCGCUGCAGAACAACCUCCUCAACUACGAGGAGUUCGGCGGCAGCAGCAGCACCACCCACAAGACCAUCGACCCCAGCGAGAAGCCCCACUUCAGCCUCGCCCCCAAGCCCAACAUAUCUACCUCCAGCCCCUACGGCUCCUCCACCGUGUCCAUCAGCACGCCGAUGGGGUCCGUCUCCACCGGCUACAACCCCACCCACCGACCCCUAAUCUCAUCGACCGUAUACUCGUCAUCCACAAUCCACCCCGCUACUAAAACCGAAUCGACGAACAAGUUCUCGUCGCCGUAUACCAGCACACCCAGACCGGUUUCCACCCUCGCAGGAUCGACCAUCAACCCCUUGACCGUUUCCGCCCCACACUACUCCACCUCGAAAUUCGCGGAUUCAGUAUCUUCGACAUCUACCCCGUAUUCGAAACCGUCGACAGUUUCGUCGACGCAUGAGGUGUCGAGUUCCCACUUCGUGACGACGCCGGCGCCGAGUCAGUCGACGCCGAAAUCGACGUCGAAACCGGUUUCGACGCCGAAGCCGGUUCCCUCGGGGAAGCCCACGAAGCCGCCGGGCUACGGGACGACGCCGCAGAAGCUGGGGCCCACGAAGCCGGGGUCGGCGAAACCGGCGUCGACGAAGCCGGGGAUCCCGCCCAAGCCGAGCGCGGCGCCCACCAAAGCGCCCACGACGCCCGGCAAGCCCACGAAGCCGUACUCGAAGCCCAGUUACGCGCCCACGAAACCGAGUGUGGCCACCGUGACGUACGGCGAGAGCUCGUACAGUCAGACUGCCAAGCCGCUGAGCCAGGUGACGUCAUCGCCGUCGAGCGUGCACGUGUCCUCGCCCUCUUCGCCGAUCUCCACGGUCUCGAGCACGACGACGAACUACGUGGAGGUACCCGUCUCGACGCUGACCCCGGCGACGCACGGACACGGCUCCCAGUCGCCGCUGCUGAGCACCCUCUCGCACUUCCCGUCGCACGCGUCCGCCUCCACGCUGCAGCGCCUCAACCUGUCCUCCACGACACCGCCGCCCCCGCCUUCGCCCGCCUCCAUCGAGACCCUGGAGGAGGAGACCAACCUCAUCUCGGGCGGCGGCGUGUCCACCUCCAAGCCUAGUCUCGUCACCUGGACCACAAUCGACGAGGUGCCCAUCAUCCCGCCCGACCGCACCAAGCCGCCCACCAUCCGACCUCCAGUUUCAGUGACCUACGAGUCGGCCACGGCGUCCCCUGCACCCUCAUCCCCCUCUUCUUCGCCGUCGUCCCUGCCGCCGACCUCCGCCCCCUCGUCGCCCUCCACCGAGUCCUGGGUCCAGGUUCAGCUCACCACCCACGCCCCCGACGCAGCAAGUUCACCACAAUCUGGAGACGUGUACACAACGCCGAGUGGGCUCCCGAAAGACAACGUAACGUCUGCACUUCCGGAAGUCAGCAGUCAACAACCCGUUUCCGUAUCGUCGGCAUCGUCCACCAAUCCAGAUCCUUCGAUCUCGUCAUCCUCCUCCUCGACAGGCCCCACCGAACCAACUCUGGCACCCUUCGAAACCAACGAGAUCGAUUUCAGCGGCUUCAACACCUCAAAUUUCAGAGAGAUUUGCGGAAGGAGGCUAUUCCCUACUCCGAGGAUCGUUGGAGGAGAGAAAGCAUCUUUCGGAAAAUGGCCAUGGCAGAUAUCACUGAGACAGUGGAGAACUUCGACGUAUUUGCACAAAUGCGGAGCUGCUCUGUUCAACGAAAAUUGGGCCGUUACAGCCGCUCAUUGCGUGGAGAACGUGCCGCCGAGUGACCUGCUUCUGAGGUUGGGCGAGCACGAUCUGUCGAUCGAGAACGAGCCGUACGGGUACCAAGAGCGACGGGUCCAGAUCGUGGCGUCGCAUCCCCAGUUCGACCCGCGGACCUUCGAGUACGACCUGGCCCUCCUCCGCUUCUACGAGCCGGUCAAGUUCCAGCCCAACAUCAUCCCCAUCUGCGUCCCGGAGGACGACACCAACUUCGUCAGCUCCACCGCUUACGUCACUGGAUGGGGACGACUUUACGAAGAUGGACCUCUUCCGAGUGUCUUGCAAGAGGUAUCAGUGCCAGUUAUCAAUAACUCGGUGUGUGAAACUAUGUACAGAUCAGCUGGUUUCAUAGAGCACAUUCCUGAAAUAUUCAUCUGUGCCGGCUGGAGGAAAGGAGGCUUCGAUUCUUGCGAGGGUGACUCUGGUGGCCCGAUGGUGAUCCAAAGGCCCGACAAAAGGUGGCUCCUCGCUGGUGUCAUCUCGUGGGGAAUCGGUUGCGCCGAACCCAACCAACCCGGAGUUUACACCCGGAUAUCGGAGUUCAGAGACUGGAUCAAUCAAAUCCUGCAGUUUUGAUUGUCGCGACAAAUUUCUGUGAUGUAAUAUAAUUUCAGUCUAGAGCGAGACUCCUGAAAAAUCCAGGGUUUUGCAAGACUCAAAGACUGCGAAGUGAAAACUCUCACUGCAGUGGCAUGGCGUGCUUUGCGAUAUAUCGAUUUAUCUGUCAUUUAAAUCUAUGGAAAAGUAUCUAUAGACAGGACGUUCGCAACGAAUACCCUAAUAAUCGAUUCUUCACCAUAGGUUUAAAUAGAGAAAUAUCGAUAAUUGAUCAUUCAUGCCUCGCCACUGUCACGCUGAAAAAAGUACACUGUUGAAAAGAGUAACACUUGGUGCCCAUGUAUAGAUAAGAUCGAGUCAAUUUGACUCCAACUUUGAAUCAAAGACUACAUUUCAAUUAAUUUGACUCUAAUGUCCCCUAGGAGACAGUAACUGAAUCUUAAUUAAUGAAAAAACAUAAACGAGGUCAGCCUCAAGUAUUUGAUGAGACAAAUUUUAAAAAUGUUAACAUAAUUUCAAAUGACUGUAACAUAAUCUAAAAAUAAGUUUGAGUCUGAUCUGAUUCGAUCCACGAGUCAGUCGACUCAGCUUGUUGUCUGUAAGGGACGAGAAUUUUAACAGUGUAUCAAAAACUGUUAGUUUGACCAGAUUUCAUGAAAACUAGAGAUCGAAAACCGGUUUUGUUUGUUGCUCAUGUUCAAAUAACCAGUCAAAUAUUGCAAUUUUCCACUUUUUCAUUUAGCGCAUUUACGAUUAAUUUUUGAAGUGUAUCUUUCCGCUAAUUUUUGCCGCUAAAAAUGGUCUCCAAGUAUCCGCGUAACAGCUGUAGAGUAUUCUUUGAAAGUCAAUUUUUUCAUAAAGAAUAUUUAGAAGAAUAUUCAUCUCAGGAAUAUUCAGAGGGCGAGGAUUGUCUCACGUAAAGUUCUUACAGACUGAUUUGGUGGCUCUACCUCAUUACUUGCGAAUUUCGAUAAAUCGGCGUUCGGUGGUUUUGAUAUAGACGGUUCAUUUGUAAGGACCUCGUCAUCGAGUAGCGAUGAAGACAUUUUAAUUUCGAGAAACUUUUGGACAGUUUCAAUCAUUGCAACGCAAUUACAUCUAAGUAUUGACUCCACUUUUUAAAAAGGCAACUACAGCAAUAUUUCUGUGACCUUUCUCGUUCAAUCUUAGGAAGGAGUAACAGCAUGUGCACUGUUAUCUUAAUUUCUUGUUGUGAAUGCCACUUUCCACAAGAAAGAUGUAUGUAAUUAGACAUUAGUUAUGGAUUUAAAAUCCAAAAAUCUGUACAUAGUUUGGGAACCAAAAAUUUUACAAGCAAUUUUUCGAAAACCUACUGCAUUAAUUUUACUACCAAUACAUAUCCGCGACCGUGCUAUCAGACGGAUAAGUGUUGUCUAAAAUGUAUAAAUAUACGGAAAAAGAAAAGUUUCACUUAGAUCCAUAAAAAGGUUCCAAAAUUCGAUUGCAAAAUUCUUCAAUUUUUUUCAUCGGAAAAAAGAACACAUUUUUAAGGAUCGAUGAACAGUAAAAUUUUGCAACGCGAAGGAUUUUGUCACAAUUAUUGAAAUUCAAAAAGGGGCAAUGAGGCAUCCUAGUUCCUGGGCGAUUUCUUAAUUUGACGUGGUAUAAACUGAAUCAGGGAUAUAUGAAACAUUUUAACCAAAGCCUAAAUAACACAAAGUCCUCGAAUUAUGAAUGGCCCUAUUUAAAACCUUAGACUUGACCUUUGAUUUUGAUUUUUCUGUUGAAAAUUUUCCCUGGUGAACCUUUCAAAUGUUUGAUGGUCUAAAACGUAUAAUGUAUUGACACCAAAAGGUGUAAUUAGUAAGUAAGAAUAAAUUAUUUUCUUUUUUAUCUUCUUUUGCUUGUAAUUAAAAAUUAUUUUUAAAGAAUUUGAUUAGUUACUGGCGAUGUAGGAAGCGUUUUUGACAAGUGUCGGUUCAAUUACAGGUAAAAUGGUUCAAUAUAAUGUAUGGUAUUUCAUUGUUUUUAAAACAAGCGCUGCAACGAUACGCAUAAAAAUGGGGGUAUUGGUUUUAUAUUUUCUGAAUAUAAAAAUUACCACUCAUAUUUCUAAUAUUGUUAAGAAAUGGAAUGAGCGUAGUUUUACUUUCUAAGAAUUGUACCCUGUAUAACUUGAGUUAAGAAAACACAUACAUAAACAGAUAUUACUUCUCAAGUCUCUUGUGAGCCCACGAUUAAAGUCUGUAUAUAUUCGGCUAUAACCAUAAUGUAAUUUUUCAGAGGCAUUUCUAAAAGCUGAGUUGAACGACAUUGAAUUUGAUUAAGAACCUUCCUAUUGAAACUGCGAUAAUGUAACUAUACGGUUGUAAAUACAAGUACAUUACUUUUAUUACAUUUUUAUUUAUUAACUGGGAUGUCCCCUCCAUUGUGAUAAUUAAGGAUGCCUACUCAUAUACAACGAAUACAGGUGUUCUUGCUAAAUUUAGAAUUUUCUGCCAAUAUUUUUAGAGAUAUGUCGACGAAAUACUCGCACAUCAGACAACUAUGGAAUUCUGCCCUUAUAUCUACAACAAGGAGACCAGUACUAUGAUGAUUUUAAAUCUCAUUUUUAUUGUAAACAGGUAUUUCAAGCGAUCCUCGUUAAAAUUAUUUAUUUUAUUAAAUAAAUUUAAAAUCUAAAACCCA